AUGGCAUUAUUAAAGCCCUUCCUUAGUAGGACUUUUUCAAGCUUUUUUGCUACUAUCACUGGUGGUAGAAAUUUGAUAGACAGUAUAGAAGAAUUAAUCACCACUAAUUACUGGUUAAUAUUUGUCAUGAUAAUUGUAUGUACCUGUAGUGCACCUUCCAACGGAGCAUUCUUUCUUAAUGACCCUUAUGGAUAUCCAUUUGUAUCACUACAAGACGAUAGCAUUGAAUCCGUUAGUGCUACUACUAUUACUACAACUACUAUUAUUUCUACUAUUAUUACUACAACUACUGCCACCCAGAGAAUAUUUCAAGAAAAAGCAAAAACAUUUGGGCAAAGCGCAGAAGAGAUUCAGAAAGUCAAAUAUUAUCUGGAGAAAAUUCAAAAAUUUGAAGCUAAGCAACAUCCAGAGGAAAUCCGUCAACAACAUACCACAAAAAAUUCCGAAGCGAUAAAGGACGAUUUACAAAUUGCAGUAGAAGUUGCGAAAUUUGAAAAACGACAAAAAGAUAGCAUUACAUUAAACCCGGAAGAAAAUGGUCAAUACUAUGAAGGUGACAUUGUUUUGGACGCACAACAAGCUCAUGAAAUCUAUGAAAGUAUGAUACAGCAUGGACGGCGUACAAAACGAAAAUUUAUCCGUUCCGAAUUACGUCGAUGGGAUUCACAUAAACCGAUUAUUUACAGUUUCGACGGGUCACAUACUAUACGUGAACAACGAGUAAUCGAGUUAGCGCUUGAACAUUGGCACAAUAUAACAUGUUUGAAUUUUGAGCGUAGAGAUGAUGAGAUUCAGGAAAACCGAAUUGUUUUUACGGAUGUAGAUGGAUGCGCAUCCAAUGUUGGCAGACAUCCUCUUGGUGAACCACAAUUUGUCUCAUUGGCACCAGAAUGCAUUCGAUUAGGAGUGAUAGCACAUGAAGUGGCACAUGCAUUAGGUUUUUGGCAUGAGCAAUCGCGACCUGAUCGUGAUAAUUAUGUUACGGUUCGCUGGGAAAAUAUUGAUCGUGAUAGCAAGGGACAAUUUCUAAAGGAAUUACCAACUGAUGUAGAUAAUGGUGAUGUACCAUAUGAUUAUGGUAGUAUUAUGCAUUACAGAAGCAAAGCAUUUGGUCGAUAUGAGGAUUUGUUUACACUGAAUACUAAUAUAAUGGAUUAUCAAAAGACUAUUGGACAACGAGAUCAAUUAUCAUUCAAUGAUAUCCGUCUUAUGAAUGUCAUAUAUUGUAGUGAUUCAUGUGCACAAAAAUUACCAUGUCAACGUGGUGGUUAUACGGACCCAAGGAGAUGUGGACGAUGUCGUUGUCCAGAUGGAUUCACUGGAAAACUUUGUGAACGGAUAAUGCCAGGAUUUGGAGCAGAUUGUGGUGGCCGCAUAGAAUUGACGUCUAGUUGGAAGCGUAUUACAAGUCCAAAUUAUCCCCGAGAUUUUAAAGAGGGACAAGAAUGUAGCUGGCUUCUUGUGGCUCCACCUGGUCAACGUGUACAGUUACGCUUCUAUGGUGAAUUUGAGAUGUACUGCAAAGUGCGGCAUUCACUUUGCAUGGAUUAUAUCGAAAUACGUAAUUCAACUGACUUUGCUAAUACAGGAAUGAGAUACUGUUGCUACGGGACUCCAAAAUCAUCGAUUAUGUCAGCUACUGAGGAUAUGUUAGUGCUCUUCCGAUCAUUCUAUCGUGGUGGCAAAGGUUUCCAGGCGCAGGUACGCGCGCUACCAACAACCGGUUUGUUCUUAGCGUGGUCCGAGUGGUCUGCGUGCAAUGCAUCGUAUGGCGCCCAGCACCGUAUCAGGCACCGUCGACGUAUCUGUGUCGAUGGUGCCUGCAUUGUUCAACAUUCGAACGGUGAGGUCUAUGGAUGA